GUUCGCUAGACUUGAGGGGAGGCGAUCUUUGCGGGACAUUGAGCCAAAAAUAUUCCCUGAAGGGUGUGGACCAUCAAGAGGCUGCAGACUCCGUAUGACAAAAAUACACCAGACACGACUAGAGUGACACCGGUGACAGAAGUAAUUGGACUUUGGAAAUUAAAGUGGAAGAAUAGCCUUGUCUUAUGGAUGACAUGGCGUCUACCAAUGAGGCUGCUGCAGGGGAUUCACAACAGAAGCAAUCAAAAGGAAAUGGUACACCAAUGAAAAGAGGAAAAGAAAAGAAAACAAAAAGAAAAAUGAAAGAUCUAGAAUAUGAGUGUACUGCAUGUGGAAAGAGCUUUCGACGGCAACAGCAACUUAAGGAUCAUCAGGCAAUACAUACUGGGGAAAAACCACAUCAAUGCAACACAUGUGGGAAAGCCUUUGCAAAUCCACAAGUUUUAACGAGACACCAGAAGAUUCAUACUGGCGAAAAGCCUCACCAGUGUUCAACUUGUGGAAAGGCGUUUUCAGAUGAAGGACAUUUAAGGAGACAUGAGAUGACUCAUACUGGCGAAAAGCCUCACCAGUGUUCAACUUGUGGAAAGUCGUUUUCAUAUGCAGAACAUUUAAGGAGACACCAGGUGAUUCAUACUGGCGAAAAGCCAUACCUGUGUAAAACAUGUGGAACAGGCUUUGCUCAAAAAUCCACCCUUGAUAAACAUCAGAAAAUACAUACUAGAGAAAUGUAUGAGUGCACCACAUGUGGAAAGACCUUUGCACAAGCAGAGCAUUUAACCAUACACCAGAAGACUCACGAGCCUAACGUGUGUGCAUUAUGUGGAAAGACCUUUGCUCACAAGUCUGGUCUCCACAGACAUCAGAGAAUACAUACUGGAGAAAAGCCAUAUGAAUGUACCACAUGUGGGAAGGCCUUUGCUCACUCAGCUAUUCUCCAGAGCCAUCAGACAGUACAUACUGGAGAAAAACCUUACAAGUGUUUAACAUGUGGAAAGGCCUUUACACAAUCUAGUCAUUUAAGGACACACCAGAAGGUUCAUACUGGUGAAAAGCCUUACCAGUGCUCAACAUGUGGAAAGGCCUUUCCUCACAAAAAUACCCUUGACCUCCAUCAGACACUACAUACUGGAGAAAAGCCAUAUCAUUGCAGCACAUGUGGAAAGGGCUUUGGAUAUUCAGGACAAUUAAAGUCACACCAAAGGACCCAUACUGGCGAAAAGCCUUAUAAGUGUGUAACGUGUGGAAAGGCCUUUGGUCACAAACUCAGCCUUGACAAGCAUCAGAGAGCACAUGUAGGAGAAAAACCAUUUAAGUGUACCACAUGUGGGAAGGCCUUUACCUGUAAACCUAAUCUUGACCUACAUCAGGUAGUACAUACCGGAGAAAAGCCUUACCAUUGUUCACUAUGUGGAAAGGGCUUCACACAAGCUUCAAAUUUGAGGACACACAAGAGGAUUCAUACUGGUGAAAAGCCUUACCAAUGUGUAACAUGCGGAAUGGCCUUUACUCAAAAAUCUACUCUUGACAAACAUCAAGAUACUCAUAGUGGAGACAAACCACAUCAGUGCACGGUAUGUGGAAAGUCCUUUACUCUCAAAUGUUCUCUCAACAGCCAUCAGAGAGAACAUACAAAGCCUGAUGAAGAGCUUUAGCCGUGUGCGACAUGUGGAAAGGUCUUUACUCAUAAAUCCAGCCUUGACAGACAUCAAAGUGAACAUGCAGGUGGUGGAAAAAAAAUAUAUCCAUGCAUCACAUGUGGAAAGGUCUUCAAAUUCUCACAAAAUUUGAAAAUUCACAAGAGGACCAAUGCAACAUCAGUGUAUCAGUGUUCCACGUAGGGCUACACAAUUAAUCGAAUGCUGAGAUGAAAAAGCGAUGUCAUGACAAUUUAAUCAUGAUUGUACAGGAGGCCUGCCUUUGGGCGUCCUUGAAGCCAGAACAUGUUGACGGGCUAGUAUUUCUGGCCAAUAAGCUGUAGGCCCAAUAGCUUCAUGCGAUUUCCUUUUACAUAAUUAUCCCAAUUCAGUUUUAUUUUGUUCAUCUCUUGUUCAGGUUCUUGUUUAUAUUUCAUUUUGUGAUUUCAAAUAUCAUUCUGCUCAAAAUUAACUGUUUAUUAUUGUUUAAUAAUUGUGAUUUGAAUUUUGACCCAAAUAAUUGGAAUUAUCAUUUUUUCCUUAAUCAUGCAGCCUUAGUUUUGCAGACUGAAAAUGUCUCAAUGGACAUUUUCAAAUAAAAAUACACAAUCUGACAUGAGUGUGUCAGGUGGGCUGGUUGGGUAAUCUUCUGCAAUACUACACAGCUACCGGUACAGUAUACUACAAUUUAUUUUGCCAUAAAAAUCAGGCAUAUUAGGGACAUGUUUUGUAUUUUUCCAAAAUAACCCAAUAAACUAUCAUAGUAUAUAGGCUA